AUGAGAUCAUUGACUUGUAGAGAUGAAGUCUUUUGGCCCAACCACAUCGUGUCGUCAGCCCAUUGGUGUUUCCACCCCCAGGAAUUCCUUGGACUCUUCGUGGAGGGCGACAUGGAGUUCCUGGUCAUGGAACGUUUCCUCCAAAGCUUGGAGGACUUUCGCCUUCGAUGCAGAGGUUUUUUCGAUGCAGAGGUUCCUUUGAUCUGCUCGGUGGGUGUGCAGUUGCUGAGUCAGCUGGAGCAGAUGCAUCGGUUGAACUUAUCACAUGGAGAUCUCAAGACGAAGAACAUCGCCGUCGCUGCUGUCGUCGCCUCUGCGGACGGCCUGACGGUGCGCUUGAUCGACUUUGGAUGCUGCCGCCCUUACCGCGUGAACGGCCUCUACGUCUCUCCCCCCUCCGACCCGCGCGCUCCGAGCCGCGCACCACGCUGCGUCGGCACCACGCGCUACUGCGCGCGGGCGGCGCACGACGGCGAGCGCUCCCCCCGCUGCGACCUCGAAAGCUUGGCCUACGUCCUUAUCUACUUUGCCACUGGCCGGCUCCCCUGGCAUGGCUGCAAGGGCAGUUCACGCGAGAAUGGGAUGGAGAUGCUGAGAAUGAAGCAGGAGUUCUCCAACCUUAAGAGCUAUGUCCAAGAGUCUUUGCCCAAGCGCCUGGCGACCUUGCUGACGCGCUUGGCCGCCCGUUGCAGGGAUUUGACGCUGGAAGAGGAACCCCCCUACGAGGAGCUCCGAGCCUUGUUGACACCCUCGCCCAGGGCAAGCUCCCGUGGGCAAGCUCGAGGAUAUGCGAAUGAGGUCCCUGCAUCACAACCAGCGGACACGUUGACUGAAGGCACGAGCUGCAAGAGCUGA